AUGGCUUUCUAUGCAAGAUUAACAAUAUCCAGCGCUUUCAUUUCCACCUUCUCUUCACCCUUCUUCCACAGAAAACUUCUCCAAUAUAGCAGAUUCUCUACGUCACUGUUCUUCUCUCUCACAUCCACACCCAUUUCCACAAACCCUUCUCAUUCUCCCAACUUCAAUUCCAUUCAACGCCAUUUCACCUCCUCCAAGAAAAACAUAGACACUAAACUCAAUUUUUCUCUCUCCGAUUCCGAUUCCGACGAUGAAAGCACCACAUUAACUAAAACCACCACCCCCACCAUCGACAAGAGUAGAAAACUACCACCACCUUAUGACCCAUUCAGCAAGAAGCCAGCAAUAGAAGAACCCAAAGACCCAAAAGACUUACAAGAGAUUUUCCACAAAAUGAGAAGCGGUGACGGGUUAUUGAACCAUGCAGUCAAGAUGUUCGACGCUUUGUCCAAACAGGGUUUAACACACGAAGCGUUAGAGCUUUUCGGUCAGAUCAAAGAUAAAGGCCAAAUGCCAGACGUGGUGGCCCACACGGCCAUAAUCGAGGCUUAUGCCAAUGCUGGUCAACCAAAAGAGACUCAUAAGGCUUACAUGCGAAUGCUUGCUUCUGGGGUUUUUCCUAAUGCUUAUACCUACGCUGUUCUCAUCAGAGGACUUGCGGUUAAUGGUAAGUUUUUGAAGGAUGCGAAAAAGUAUGUUGUGGAAAUGUUUGAGAAAGGUAUGAGACCCAAUGCUGAGACGUAUGCUGCCGUGUUUGAGGGGUUGGUUAGGGAGGAGAAGGUGGAUGAGGCUGUGCAGUUGCUGGAGGAAAUGAAGCCUAAGGGGUUUGUUCCUGAUGAGAAGGCUGUAAAGGAGGUUCUCAGCAACAAAAGAGGACCUGUUUUUAGAACUGUCAUAAACAUUCUCUUUGGAAAAUAG